AUGGCUAUAAUGCAAGAGGGUAUGAAGAUGAAGAAUUUGGCUAUCAAAAUGCCAAUUAUGUUGGGGAUGACGAUUACGGGUAUGGAGACGGAAGAAAUGAUGGUUACGAGAACAACCGUCAACCACAAAACGAUUACCAACGGAACCGGAAUGGUGGGUUUCGCAACAACAACAAUAAUGCUAACCAUAAUCGGAUUCCUCGUUUUGUGGGGGGUGGCAAUCAAAGAGGUAAUCAAGGUAGAGAUCAAGGAAGGGAUGAAAGAAGAGGUGAUAGAAGGAACAACCGAAGUAUGCCAACGGAGGAUGUUUGAUUGUAAACCGCAUUACAUCAAUAUACUUCCCCACUUCAAUGGGAGGUCGAAUGAUGAGCCGUAUACGCACUUGGCGGAGUUCUCUUCCAUUUGUAACACUAUUGGGGGGCACAACUUUGCACUAGAGGAGGUCAAGCUUCGUUUGUUCCAAUUUUCGUUGAAAGACAAGGCAAAACAAUGGUUUCUCACACUUCCGGCGAAUAGCAUCCGAACAUGGGGUGAGAUGCAACAAGCCUUUUUAGACGAAUACUAUUCGAUGGCGAAGACCGACGACGCUAGGGAUGAAAUAAGGUCGUUUCGGCAACUAUCGAGUGAACCGUUGCAUGAAGCAUUCACUCGAUUUAAAGAAUUGAUGAGGAGAUGCCCACAUCACCAAAUAGAAAAGUGGGAAUUGGUGAAGUGUUUUGUACGUGGGUUGGAUGACACAACAUGGAAUCGUCUCGAAUCGACAAGUAACGGGACUCUUUUGAGCAACCAUGAAGACGAUGAUUGGGAGUUUUUGGAACGAAUGAGCAAACGGUCAAAAGAGAAAGAAUCUGCUGAUCGAGCAAAAAAGCACCCCACCUCAAGGUCUUGGCCCGAUCGUGAUGCGAAUUCUAAGGAUCGAAUUGAAACGUUAGAGCGAGAGUUGGCUCGCAUGAAGAAAAGGGAAGUGAAUGCGGUGCAAUACGCCGUAUGUGAAGAAUGCGGAGACAUCGGUCACCGGACUGAGAAUUGUCGAGCCACCGUAGAGGUAAAUCAAGUGUAUGGGGACCAAAGGCAAUAUGAUAUGAACUCCAACACUUACCACCCCGGGUUGAGGAACCAUCCUAACUUUAGGUAUGGUAACGCCUCCAACCAAAUGAACCCGAAUUUUCAAUCAGGGAAUCAAGGUGGGUAUUCUCACCAAACUCGCCAAAGAAGUUACAAUCAAGAUGGUCACGGGUCGACGAAUAAUCAAGGAGGUGGUGGUGAUUUGAGUGCCAAAAUGGAUGCAAUGCUUUCAAUGAUGCAAGAGUCCAAGAAGGAGAACGAAAUUCGGGACAAAUCGCAUGAAGCAUUAGCAAAACAAGUGGGCCAACUUGCGGAGGAAAUGGCACAAAUGAGGGGGAGCAUGGGAAAGCUCCCAAGUGACACCACGGUGAACCCUAAGCAUCAAAGCUCAAGCACGGGCAAUGUAAGGAAUGUACACAUUAGCGCGGUAAGUCUUCUUUCAAAUGAUGAGGUUUGUAGUAGUGUUGAAAGCAUUCCACCACCACAAUGCGUUGAUGGUGUAGUGGGAAAUACUAGAGAUGAGUCGGAAAGUAAAAAUGAACAAGAAACGAUUUCACAAAUUAUAAUUGAAAAAAUGAAUAAAAAUUCUUUUUGUGAAAAUUGUUUAAAUCAAAUUAAACCGAUUAAUGCAUCAAAAGUUGAGGAACGGUACCCACUGAAGGACGAGAGGUGGGAAAAUUUUAAACAUGCAAAAAUUAAUUUACCGUUACUCGAUGACAUUAAAAAGGUUCCGGCCUAUGUGGAAUGCUUAAAGGAGUUAAGCAUCGAAAAACGGCACAACAAAUUACCCGAACCGGUUGAUUUGAUAUCUCAUGUUAGUGCCGUUUUAUCGAGUGUGCUCCCCCAAAAAGCUCAAGAUCCUGGAGAUCCUCUUAUUCCAAUUCAAAUUGGAGCAUUUAAAAUCGAGAGGGCGCUCCUCGAUCUUGGAGCUUGUGUGAGCAUCUUGCCCGGGAGUUUGUAUGACCAAUACGAUUUUGGUCCAUUGAAAAAGUUUGAUACUCCCGUGGUAUUGGCCGAUCAGACUCCCACGCAUCCAAGGGGGAUGGUGGAAGAUGUGAUUGUGAAGGUGGAAGAUUGCUAUUACCCAGUGGACUUUUUAGUAGUAGACUAUGUUGGGUGUGUUGAGGACACCCAGCCGAUAGUCAUACUAGGUAGACCGUUCCUUGCAACAGCUAAUGCCAUCAUAAAUUGUGCAACGGGAAUGGUAAGCAUGAAGUUUGGGGACCAAGAAUUAAAUUUAAAUGUUUUUCCAAAAUUUACUAACCCACUCGGUGAGGAUAAGUGUCCUAAAAAGGACAUGAAUCCAAACAAAAAGGUUUGUGCUAUGGUUGAUAGGUUUGGAGAAACAAAGAAGAAGACGGUCAAGAAGAAGAAAGCAAAGAAGUCACCUCUAGAAAAGAAAAAGGAAGAGGAGGUGAGGAAGUUUGGACCGUUUGGCAACAAAUGGUACGAAUCACCGGUGGGUGAUUUUGAGGAGCUCGUGGACGGCAAGCAUGCCAUUCGACCACCAUGA